AAUGGAGUAAACUUCAUAAACACAGCGCUUUGCCGCUUUGUCCAAAACAAAAUAGAGACGACGUCAGAAUCAUGGCGGAAGUCGAAGACUCAAAGCAAGCAGUAGGGCAAGAAGAGCAGCAGCAGCAGCAGAUGAAGCAGCAGGAAGUAAAAGAAGCACAUGAAAAUGGAGAAAUUAAAGAGGAAAUGAAGCCAUGGGAGCAACACUCUGCUGUCAUAUGUAUUCCUCGCUUUGAUUACAACGCUCCUUCUUCUCUCCUCCUAAAUUCUCAUUCUGGGUUUCUCAUUACUUGCCCUAUUAAGAGGGAGAAGAGUGCAACAAAAGAAGCUAUAUCUAUUCUUGGAAAGUAUAUUGAAUCCAGUGGUAGUGACUGCUCUAGAGAGUCUGAUUCCAGUGAAAAUGUUAAAAGAAGGAAACUUGAUGAGGUGGAGGGAGGCUCUGCUGUAGCUAUCACUAGUAUAUUGUCAAAAGAUGAUUCUCAAUCUUUUAGAGUGACGAAUGAUUCUGCAAAACAAACUCCUAGUCUUAUGCUCGUAAAGGUGACAAGAAGUGGCUUGGUUCUUUUUACAUUCCCCAAAGGCAGUUCUUUUGAUCCGGUCAGCAUAGUCACCCAAUUAAAUCAAUCCUUAGAAUCAGGAGAGUUAAAACGACCACUCUGGUGCCAUCGAAUUUUCCCUAUUCAAGCUACUUGUAUGUUGAAUGAAAAGGAAGUCAGUACUACUGUGUCAAAUCUCGUUCUAAAGUACGUCAAUGACAAAAGUUACAGAUCUUCUGGACCCCUAAAGUUUGCAGUUAGCUAUAGUAGAAGAGGAAUUGAGGAGACAGAGAUGAAAACUGCAAAUGAUAAAGUUAGCGAACCUAAUCUUUGUGUAUUGCUUGAUCGAAAUAAGUGCUUCUCCAUUGUAGCGAGUGCUGUAAAAGGGGUUGUAUCAGAUUCAACCGUGGACCUUAAAUCCCCAGAGCUUUGCAUUUUCAUUGAGCUUCUUCCAUUGUCUGGGGUGCCAAAUGGCUCACUGAUUGUUGCCGUUUCAGUCCUUUCUGGAGACCUUGUCAGCACCAAACCACGGCUUUGUGUUAAAUCCUUGGUCCUUGAUCCUAAAGCUAAAACAAAAGCGUCUUAAACUAGGCUUGAACAUCCAAGUCUUCAGAGAAGGGUUUGUCACAGAAAUUUUGCAAGUAAAAUUGGCUGCCAACCAAAGUGUGAUUAGAGUAUGAGUUUAAAGUUAAGUUUUUUCGUUGUCUUUCUUUUGAUAUUUUUGCUCCUUGAUAGAAAAUUUUUUUAGUAGUCCAAGUUUACAGAAUUACAGUAGAGAAUCUGAGGGUGAGAGCCUAUACUGUACCUCCCAUAAGGGCCAUAACGUCAUGCUUCGGUUGGCAUAACGGUAUUAUAUUUGCCUAGCCCAAUUAUAUUAUCUAGCUGUUAGGUAGGUUGAUUUAUCUGAUGAAGUUGAUUAAUGAAACUUCUUGUAUGUUCAUAGUAUGAAGCUUUUACCUAAUCUUCUUGUCUUUUGGAUACAUAUAAAGUUAAUGUAGAUUUUUCUUGUGUGAAA